AAUCCAUUUGAACGAUCUCACGUGAUGGAAUUACCAAUUGACAAAUAAAACCGUUACUCUGAGGUUUACGAUUUUAAUUCAUAGCAAAUUGUAUUUGCGAAUUUGUAACAAAGUUAUCUCGUCAUAAUAGUAACUAUGAUGUCAAUAUGGGCUUACUCUUCUUACAUAGUUGUCGCUAUCUACAGCAAAAAACUUCAAAACGCGUUUUAUACUUAUAUACUUACCAAUAUAUAUUUAGUUUUGCAGGUGCCAAUAAAAUAUGCUGUGAAGCAAUAAAUACUAAUGGAAUAGGCAUAUAUUAUGUAUAUGUAAACUGAUAACAGUAGGAAGUGUAUUGCACGUACCUACAGUGACCCACUUGCGAGCAUAAACAUACUGGCAAAGCCUUCGAAGGCCCUAUGCUUGGUGGGGCGUCCGAGUCGAACCGAGAGGGACCAGUUGACUCCGACCCACCGACUAAGACGCACUUGUGAAGUGAAUGACCCGUGUUAACGUAAACCAGUGACGUGACCAACAAAAGUGAUGGUAAAGUGAAAUUGGACUCUCGGUCUCUACUACGUUGUUUAUCGCGCCAAAACAAGAAUCACGAUGGGCAUGGGUGGUGCGAUGGACAGCUGCGGGAGGUGCAUGAAGUUCUCCCUUAUAUGCAUCAAUGUUAUAACGCUUAUCGGAGGAGCGCUCGCGCUAGCGAUAGGGAUAUGGGUGUGGACGACGCGCUCGUUCUCCAGCACGCUGAUGAGCAACAACAUGUUCAUCGCGUCGGUGGGCGUGGUGGUGGCGAUGGGCGCCGCUAUCAUGCUACUCUCGCUGCUCGGCUGUUGCGGCGCUGCUAAGGAGGUCAAGUGCAUGUUGCUCACGUACUACAUCUUGGUGUUCAUCAUCUUUGUGGUGAUGCUAGUAGGCGGGAUCCUACAGUUCGUGUUUAGGGAGAAGGUGCUGACCACGUUGAACCACGAGAUGUACGCCGCUAUCCCGUACUAUGGUGUGAAGCAUGAAUACACCAGGUCCUGGGACGACACGCAGACCUACCUGCAGUGCUGCGGAGUCAAGAGUUACAAGGACUGGAACGAUAACGUGCCCGAGAGCUGCUGCCAGGAGGUUUAUCCUGGCAAGAGAUUAGACUGUAAGUCGUCGCCGAACCCCACCACUAUGUACGUGGAUGGUUGUUUGACGAAGGUGAUUGACUUCCUUCGUGAAGAUGCGGUUUACGUCGGUGCUGCCGCCAUUAUUGUGGCUUUCAUCAUGUUGCUGGCAUUGAUAUUAUCGUGCGGAUUAUUUGUGAAGAUAGAGUGACAUUGCGGAUGUUCUAUAGACGUGACUCAAGUAUUAAUUGUUGAUUUGAUUAUGAAUUUGUACGUAAUUACAAGUCGACUUCGUAUUAAAUCUUUGCAUUUGGAUUUAUAUAUUUAUUUUGUAAAUGAUUUGAAAUAAAAACAAAAUUUUUGACCAUG